CCGAGCUCCGUAGCGCGGUUUUCGUGAUAGUAGAAUAAAGCGGGCGGUAGGCACGGUCCAGACCCCGAUGGACCUCCGGGAAGAAGUCAAGCACGAACACAACAAAACCCUUUUUUCUGGGCCGGUUGAGCCCAUAUUUCUAACUCUUCAACCUAACUACCCACCUAAGCCUAACUUACUAAACCAGUUCCACAAUGUCUUCAACAACAGCUGUUACAAACAGUAGUAGGUAGCAACUACAGCUAAAGCCCGAGACUUUACUAUCCGCGACAAAAACAAUCAUGCUACCACCGAACCGUUCUCCGUCACCGGAGUUCUCGCCCCUGGCUAUCGGCGAGGACCUCUCCCCGCUACCGGCUUACAAGGCCGCGGGCACGGCAUCCAUCGACUUCGGCGGUCUUCUUGGCGCCGAGCCCCUGAAACUACGCGAGGACUUGGCUUCCGGGUGCGGCGGACAGACAUGGCCUGCGGGUAUGGUGCUUGGGCGACAUAUGCUCCGGUAUCAUCGCGAUGAUUUGCGGGAUGCGCGGAUAUUGGAACUUGGAGCCGGAGGCGGACUGGUGGGCUUGGCAGUAGCCAAGGCGUGUGCAGUUGACAAGCCGCUGUACGUUACGGAUCAGGUGGAGAUGCAUCUUCUCAUGGAGCAUAACAUCGUCUUGAAUCAUCUGGAGGACAAAGCUAAAGCUGCGAUCUUGAACUGGGGCGAGCCUCUCCCGCAAGAGAUUGUAGCUUUCAAGCCGGAUGUGAUCCUAGCAGCCGACUGUGUCUACUUUGAGCCAGCCUUCCCGCUGCUCCUAGCCACGUUGUCGGAAAUAUUGCGACUAUGUCCGUCCGCCACGAUCUACUUCUGCUUCAAGAAGCGGCGUCGCGCAGAUAUGCAGUUCAUGCGUAAAGCACAGAAGAUGUUCCGGGUAACCGAAGUCGAGGAUGAGGAUAGGCCUGAGUUUAGUCGGGAGGGACUGUUCUUGUACACCUUCCGUGCCUUGUGAGGACGAGUGCUGGAGUUUGAUGACUUUAAUGAUGCGCAUGAGUUAGGUAUUGUUUAUUGCUGGUGAAGACGGCGCCACGGUCGUUAAUAGAGGUUUCGGGUUAGAGGAGACCCUUCGCAGGUGCAUAGACAUAGACAUUCUGCUUUAUAGCAGAGAAUAAAUGACUACCACCGAGUUAAAGUUGCACGCAAGCGAGAGGCAUCGUGAGAUUCAAUUCCAUAUGCUUUUUGUGUAAGGCCAUGGUUAAGUAACCCAGAUCUGAUUGACGAUCGAUCGACCUGCUGGGUAUUAACUUAUCCUACCACGUGGAUAAUAAAGGGUUGUAGCGCAUUGCUUUUCGCGCUGUAGUUUUCCGGGAUUCCCUUUUAAGUGUUCGCUUAAGAGGCGUGGAGCUAAUAUAGAGCGAAAGCCCAACUAAACAGCGGUGUAAUUCGGGUGCCCCAACACCUGAAGAAGUUCCCGGCUCCUUAAAAGAAAAAUAGAUAGUAGAAAGCUAAUGCAGAGUAGCCCGAAGGAUCUGGGUUUUUGUUCUUUUAUGCCAACUUAUACGGUGGCAAUUGCAUUAGUGGCGUCUGU